GUCGGUUCAGCGACGCCGCUUGUGUUUUGAUUUGUGUUCGUUAGCUAACUAGCUGGAAACAAUCAGUGACCGAAAUGCGCGUACCUUUAUAUCGGUACGCUUUUAUAACAUUGUAACUUUGCACUAGGUGGUCUGUACGCUGCAGUUACUGCGAGUGGACGUGUACCGGGAGCACGCAGUGAUUUGGGAUUCGGCCCUAAGGCUCACCCAUGCCCACCGGAGCAGCGUUCCUGAGCUCAGUGCUACCGGAUUGGCUUCUCUCACACUCGGGCUGGUCUGUCCUUCCGUUCAUUAUGAUGAUGAUAUUAGUCUUUGCUGCUUUUAUGGUAGCUUUCGUGCUGUUUCUCUACAUGAUCUCGCCUUUAAUCAGCCCCAAACCGCUGAAACUCCACGGAGCCCAUGUCGUGGUGACGGGGGGCAGCAGCGGGAUCGGGAAGUGCAUCGCCAUGGAGUGCUACAGACAAGGAGCAUUUAUCACUCUGGUGGCGCGAGAUGAGGGAAAACUGGUGCAGGCGAAGAAGGAGGUGGAGAAGUGCGCAGUGAACGACAAACAGGUGGUGCUCUGCAUCUCAGUGGACGUGUCGAAGGACUACAGCCAGGUGGAGAGCGUGCUGAAACAGGCUCAGGAGAAGCUCGGACCGGUGGACAUGCUGGUGAACUGCGCAGGGAUGUCGAUCUCUGGGAAGUUUGAGGAGCUCGGGGUCAAAUACUUCCAGUCUCUGAUGGAGGUGAACUACCUGGGCAGUGUUUACGCCACACGCGCUGUCAUCGGCACCAUGAAGGAGCGGCGGAUGGGCCGCGUGGUGUUCGUGUGCUCCCAGGCCGGCCAGCUCGGGCUGUUCGGCUUCACCGCGUACUCCGCCUCCAAGUUCGCCUUGCGCGGCCUCGCCGAAGCACUGCAGAUGGAGGUGAAGCCAUAUAACGUCUAUGUGACGGUGUCGUACCCUCCUGACACGGACACGCCGGCGCUCGCGGAGGAGAACAAGACAAAGCCUUUAGAGACGAAGCUGAUCUCCGAGACCUCUGGAGUCUAUCAGCCUGAGCAGGUGGCUAAAGUCAUCGUUAAAGACGCCGUGCAGGGAAACUUCAGCAGUUCGGUCGGUCCGGACGGCUACAUGCUGUCUGCGCUGACCUGCGGCAUGUCUCCCGUCACGUCCAUCACUGAGGGGCUGCAGCAGAUCGUGACCAUGGGUCUGUUCCGCACCAUCGCGCUCUUCUACCUGAGCAGCUUCGACAGCAUCGUCCGCCGCUGCAUGAUCCAGAGGGAGCAGAGCAAAGUGUCCGAGAAGACCGAGUGACACCUAGACAUCACGCCGCCGGACACACACACACACACAGGACAUGCAGACCGAGCUGAUUAUCCAUCAGGUGUCAUCAUUAUGUUGUGCUCGUGAACAUGCAAGACAUGAGCAGGCGGUAUAAAACAAACCCUCUGGUGUGUGUGUGUGUGUGUGUGUGUGUGUGUCUCAUAACGCCCACAUCUCAGUUUUGUCUUGGUCAAAAAGGGGGCGGAGCUUAAGUUGUGUUCGAUCGGCCAGCAAGCAUUUACUUCACCCUCGUUAGCCUAGCUGCAAUGAGCAGCUAACUUUCCAGCGCUAGCUAUGAAACGUUAAAUAACUAGUUAAAUCUAAUUACUUAGUUGGGUAUUAAAUCUCGGAUUGCCACUCGAGUACUCGAUGUACAGGAUCUCUUAGCACUGUUUAGCACUAUUGUGUAGUUAAGCUAGACAUCAUCUGCUAACAUUAGCAUGGCUAAGUUUGUGGUAUCAUGUUAAACAAUAACAAAACAAUCUAGCCAGACAAUAGAGAACGCAAGUUCAGCGAGAGUUAGAGAAGAGAGGAGAGAUCAAUGACACAGUGUACAAAAUUACACGAUUUAAAUAAGUUUUGCUAACGUAAUCAAUGAAAUCUGCAGAUAUGGUUAAUAGCUAGGGAAGUCUAGCUCGCUAAUACCUGGCCACUUCUUGUUUUUAAUUACAUGAUAAAUGAAUUAGCUGAACUUGUGCUCCGCCCUCAAAGCGCUUAAUUUUUAUCUUACGAUCUUUGUUAUCUUUGCAGGCAAAGAUAAACGAUUGUUGUUGUUUCUCUCUUUAACGACUUUUCAGACAAAUGAACUCAUGUUUCACAUCAGUGUAGUGUCUUCGUUAAAAAUAUGAACAAACUAACAGCUUCCUGAACUUCGUCCACCGUUUCUGCCUUAUCCUCGACUCUCUGUGCAGGUGUCCUGAUGGAGAUGUUUGACGUUUGUGGAACUCGCGGGUCCGAGUGAUUCUAGCCAGCGGGAUGAGCUAGCAUGAUUAGCCCUGACCUUACAGGGUGGAAGGGGGGAGCAAAGUUGUGUUUAGUGUAUGUGUUAGCAUGCGUGCUAGCUGUUGAAUAGCAGGACUGUGAGAAUCCCUGUGUUUCUGUCUUUAUAGUGUUCCCUUUGUUUGUUAGCGGUUAGCAAGAAAGAGCUCAGCGUUGAAGUGACUCCUUGGAGAAUUUUUUUUAAAUUACUAUCAACUUCUGUUGACUUCCUGUUAGAAUGAUAAAGCUUCUAGCGAUUAGCAGGAACACACUUGGCAUUGAAGAGUUCAGGUUUUCAGUCAUCCCCAACCCUCUGGCCAACUAGCUUACUAGCUAGAAUUACUUUCUUCCUUUCGAACUAGGCUUCUAGGUUUUAGCUUAGCUAGGAUGCUAUCAGAUUACAUUGCUAGCAUCUCGCUAAGAUGUUGAUUUUAGCAAACAGGAGUUAAAAGUUUAACUCUUUAAGCUGUGUGAAAGAAACUGUGUGUAAAUUUCUAAUCGGUUGCUCCUGUUGCUCUUCACACUCGACGCCGUGACCGUAUUGGCUUACUAGCCGAUGUUGCUAACAACCUACCAUGAAAAAAAAGCUGUGUUUCAGCACUUGUACUAACAGAAGAGUUGUUUUGUUAAAGAGAACAUACUAAUAGUCCGAGUUCAUUGGAAACAGUUUAAUGUUCAGGAUGCGCUAGUUUAAUAAUGCUGCUGCUUUGUUUAGCGACUCAGCUCUAGCCAAUCGAGUGCUCCAGUCGCGUGAAGCACCAUUUUAAAAGCCUUAAAACAUUAAAGGUUAUUUAUUCACAGUUUUUUCCGAAGUAUGAAAGUGAGGACGCAUGAGUCGCAGCGACGAUGUUCUCAUUUGACGUCGGCUCGACGCUUGGUUAAGGUUAAUUAGUGCUUCUCCAUUCAACAAUAACGCAAAGUAGCUAACACGAGUUUUACAUUUUAGAUAAUAACGAUUAUUCAGCAUCCGCAGUACGACCAGCACACACGUCCGAGUUCCUGACGGGAGGCUGCUGAGGUCGUGUCUCUAAUGAAACUCAUAACAUCGCAGCGUAAAACACAGCAGGCUUUUAAGGAUUUACUUCAGAAAUUUUUUUAACGGUGCAAUAUCGCGUCGUUAUCGCAUCGAUUAGCUCACGUACAAGCAAUCUUUACACUUUUCUCUUUAAAGCUAUGCAAACGAAGUACACACGUUUCAACACAGUUUCCACCUUCAUGCUAGACUUUGCUCUUUUCUUCUUGUUUGAUGUUAAGGUUUAAAUGUUUCAGUAAAUAUAAUUUAACUGUAAUUUAAUUAACGUAAAACCAGCUCCCACACAUUCCAUUUGUCUUUUUUUUUUUUCCUCUUUCUUUUCGUUUUGGACAAACUUGUUAAAGAAAAAAAAAUACUCACCUUGUGUGCCAUAAACAAAAAUGAAGAUGAUGUUGAUUUGUGUUUAUUUCUUACAUAAUCAAAUAAAACAUUUGGAAAAGUUGGUA